CGUGACAGCUCCGUAGGAGGUUUUCACACAGGUUUAAACAGACUGUGUGAGUGUACAAUGAGGAAAGUGGAGACACGAUUGCAAUGAAGUUGUUGAAGCUUAUCUUAUAGAGACAUGAGAUACGCGUUUUACGGCUUUGCUCUUGGGCUUUUGCUCGUGGGUUUGCGGGAUUUAUUCUUUGGUUUGGGGGAGAUCCGAUGCAGCAUGACAUACAUGUUCGAGUACCCAGAAUACAGACGCGUGCAGCUCCCGAGUCGUGUCGCGCGCCUGUACCCAUCAUACGGGCUGUAUCUGUAUGGAGAGGGCGCAUAUGCUCAGGAGAGCAGGGGACUCAAGCUCACAGGAGCACCUGUGCUCUUCUUGCCUGGAAACGCGGGCAGUUACAAGCAAGCUCGUUCUCUGGGUUCAGUGGCAUUGAGGAAGGCUGAGAAUCUGGACAGACGAAUCCAUAUGAACUUGUUCACCAUUGACUUCAAUGAGGAGUUGGUGGCCUUGUAUGGGGGCAGUUUGCGCAGACGGACUCAAUUUCUACAUGAAAGCAUCAAAGCAAUCUUGCGGCUUUACAAGGCCCGUCCAGACCCUCCCACAGGUGUGGUAUUGGUGGGUCACUCCAUGGGUGGAGUGGUGGAAAGAGCUUUGUUCGCCCUGGCACGUUUCAACCCACACCUGGUCAGCCUCAUCAUCACCCAGGCCUCCCCCCGUCAGGCACCUGUCCUGUCUCUGGACCCUUAUAUAUUGGAGUUUUACUCUAGAGUCCGACAUCGCGGGGCCACAAGUGCCGAAGACCUUCGGAAUGUUCUCUCUGUGGGUGGUGGUCAUCUUGACUUCCAGGUGCGCUCUGGUUUGACAGCGCUGUCCUGCCCCAACGAUGACCUCAAUAAGAUGUCAGUAGUGGCAACUGCAGUUCCCCGAAGCUGGCUUUCCACAGAUCAUAUUUCCAUUGUUUGGUGCAAGGAGCUGGUUUUGGCCACAGUCCGGGUGUUGUUCGACCUAAUUGAACCUGAAACCGGGCAGUUCACAGAGAGUCCUCAGAAGCGGAUGUCAGUGCUGAACUAUCACUUCUUUAGACAUCCAGUGCUGAAACCUGGAGGAGCACAGGAUGACCGUGUCACUUUCCCAGCUCCUCCUGAGGCGUGGAAGGAGGUCAACACGCUCCGUCUCUUCUACAGUGCCCCCAAGGAAGCUCAGGUCAAGUACUUCCUGUUUGCUCUCUCCAGUCGAAGGAAAGCUUACAGUCAUUUCCACUGCCGCAGUAAUAAUAUGAUAUUGGAUUCAUCUGGAUCCGGACCCCUGCUGGCCUCACAUUGUACCUCUUCUCAUCAGCUCUGUGCUGCUCAUCAGCUGUAA